AUGAUCAGAUUAAGUAGCGGUGUCACUAGGCACAGUAAAACCUCAAAAUUGAAAUAUUAUUUCCGCAAAAAUUACAGCAGUGAAGUUGAUUUGCCGAGGCAGGUUGAUGUAGUUGUUGUUGGUGGUGGGGUUAUCGGAUGCAGUACUUUCUACCAUUUAUGUAAAAAAGGCGUCAACGCUAUUUUACUCGAGAAAAAUAAAGUGACGAGUGGGACGACAUGGCACAGUGGGGCCAUAGUUUGGAGUCUGAGAGGAAACGAUGUGGACACUAUUAUGCUCCAAAAGACAAGAACCCUUCUUGCUGGACUAGAAAAAGAAACUGGUGUCAAUCCGGGAUGGAUCAAUAAUGGAGGAAUUUUCAUCGCCAGAACUCCAGAAAGACUGGAAGAAUACAAACACUUCCACAGCCUUGGGCACAUGUUCAAAUUGGAAAGUCAGCUUGUGUCUCCCAAAGAAGCCCAAAAAAUCUGCCCAAUACUCGACCCGAAGUCUUUCUAUGGAGCUCUGUGGUCGCCGAGUGAUGGGUUCACAGAUCCCUCCAUGUACUGUGCCGCUUUGAUAAAGGGUGCUACCAAUUUGGGAGGACAACUCUUCGAGAACACUGAUGUAACAAGAAUCCUAACAGAACCAACGCCAAACAAUGAGAAAAAAGUCGUCGGAGUGGAAACCAGCAGAGGCACCAUCAAGACCAACACUGUGGUUAACGCGUGCGGAGCUUGGUCACGUGAUCUGACGCACACCGUCGGAUUGGACAUACCGUUGACGCCCAUCAAGCACGCGUACGUGGUGACGGCGAGCGUGCCCGGCGUGAAAGGAAUACCCUGUAUAAGGGACCACGACGGGGGGCUGUAUUUCAGGCCCCAAGGAGAUGCGGUUGUGUUCGGGGGAUACGAGCCCAAUCCAGAAAUUAUCUCUGAUCUGCCGAAAGAUUUCGCGUUCAGCCUUUUCGAACUAGACAAAAGCGUUUUCGAUGUUCACUGGAGACAUGCCUGCGAACUGUGCCCAGCUUUCGAGAAGGCUGGAAUAAAAUCCGAUAUUUAUGGACCUGAAUCUUUCACUCCUGACCAUAAGCCUAUCAUGGGAGAGGAUCCAAAAUGCGUUGGAUUCUAUCACGCAAGUGGGUUCAACUCCCUGGGCAUCCAACUGAGUGGCGGUGCUGGCGAGCAGUUAGCGGAAUGGAUAACAUCUGGUAGACCGGAACUUCCUCUGUAUGCAUAUGACAUCAGGAGGUUUACCCCGAUCCAGAGACAGGACAGAGCUUGGGUGGUCGAGACGAGUCACGAGUGCUAUGCCAAAACUUACAGCAUCGGCUAUGCCCACGAUCAACCGUUGGCUGGCAGGAAUCACAGGACCGAUCAAUUUCAUGAAGCUCUAGUAGCAAGCGGAGCAGUCAUGGAAGAAGCCUUAGGUUGGGAGCGACCAGCCUACUUUAUCAAAGACCGUACAGCUCCUGUAAGAAAUUACGACUGGUAUGGAUACUACGGUCACGUGAUCAGCGAAGAUAAACGUUAUGAACAAGAGAUUGAAGGGGACCUCACAUUCGAUUUUUCCAAACAUCAUGAUCUGAUCAAAGAAGAAGCCCUCGCUGCCAGAAAUAACGUGGCCCUCUUCAACCUUACCUGCUACACGAAAAUGUAUUUGGCUGGUCCAGAUGCACAAGAGGCAGCAGAUUGGUUGUUUACUGCCAAUGUAGACAAAGAACCUGGUAGUAUUAUUUACACUUGCUCUUUGAACUCGCGAGGCGGAGUGGAGACAGAUUGCACAGUUGUACCAUUGGAAGAAGGAGUUGGUACUCUAGUGGGACCUAUUUUGAAGGGUAAAGGCUACUACAUUGUAGCAGGAUCUAAAUCAGGUUAUCAGACCAAAUCCCACUUCAGGAAACAACUCUACAAGAAGAAUUUCAAAUCACUAGUUACUGAAAUGACCAACAGGAUAGGAAUCCUCGCAAUCCAAGGACAGAAGAGUGGAGAAUUGCUACAAUCCAUAACGGAAUACCCGAUAACAGAUGACAAAAUACCUUUUGGGAUGUCCAGGUUGAUCAAAAUAAAUGGUCACACGUGCAGGGUUCUGAGGAUAAGCUAUAUCGGUGAAUUAGGAUAUGAGCUUCAUAUACCUUUAUCAUCUUGUAUUCCAGUUUACAAUACACUAAUGGAAGCUGGUAGAGGAUUUGAUCUGAAACAUGCAGGGUUUAGAGCUCUUCAUUCGCUCAGUUGUGAAAAAGGAUAUCACACGAUGAAUCAUGAUUUGAGAAUUGAUGACAACCCAGUUGAGGCAGGACUCGUGAAGUUUUGCAGGAAAGAUGGCCAGUACUUAGGGAAACAAGCAGUUGAAAAUGUCAAACAGAGGGGUGUUCAGAAGAAGAGAGUAUUCUUCACCAUGCAAGAUAAUGUGCCAUUGUAUGGAUAUGAGACAAUUUGGAGAGAUGACUCUAUUGUUGGGUUCCUCAGGAGAGGAGAAUAUGGAUUUAGCUUAGACUGUAGUAUAGGAAUAGGCUAUGUCCAGCAUCCUGAAGGAAAAAUGGUAGACAGCGAAUUCCUGAAGAGUGGUUCAUAUCAGAUCGAAGUAAGGAAUAAAAAAUAUCCCGCCACUCUGUUCCUGAAUAGUCCAUUCGACCCUAAAAAUCAGAGAUUGAGAGGGCAUUACGAGCAUUCAUUUGAGGAGCAGACACAUUUCGAAGACUGA